AUGGGUGUUCAUAUUCUCGGUACUGGUGCUGUAGGCUGUCAUAUUGCUGCUACCCUGAAAGCAAACAGGAACAGGGUGACACUGUUGCUCCGUUCUCAAGACCACUUGAAUGAUUUUAGAAAUCGUAACAAUAGUAUUACUUAUCGCUGCCAGGGCAAGACAGAUGUCGUGCCUGGUUUCGAUGCCAGUAUUACUACAGAUACAAGCGACAGAUCGCCCAUUCAAUCACUCGUUGUAGCCACCAAAACCAACCAUACACUGAAAGCUUUAGAGCCCAUGGCGUCUCGAUUAUCUCCUACAUCCAGUAUUCUGCUCAUGCAAAAUGGCAUGGGCGUAGCGGAGGAACUUGUGAAGAGUUUGUGGAGAGAUACAACACCACCCAAGAUUUAUGUGGGCGUCAAUCGACAUGCCAUUGAGCGUAUGGCGCCUUAUGACAUUCAUCAUCAUUCUGGAUACAAUGACACAGACGCUUUAAGGAUUGGCAGAUUUCCCACGACACAUGGCGGCUCUGCUGAACAGUCCACAGGAGAAGAGGUGCCUGAAUUCUUGCAAAAGAUGGUAGACAUUCCAAGACUUCAAGCAGCAGUCUUGCCCUGGGAGGAGAUCAGAGUCAAAAUUUACAAGAAGCUGUUUGUCAAUUCAUGUAUCAAUGGUGUCGCAUCGGUUUUAAACACCAAAAACAUUGGUGUCAUCAAGGACGGAAAUCCUGGUGGCAUUGCCAUGAUGCGAUCCAUUUGUGAAGAGGGAUAUGAGGUGUUCAAGGACGAAAUGCCCGGAGAAACAGUGGAGUCUUUGAUGGAGAUGGUGAUGAGGACCAAUGUAGAGGCAGGUGAAAACGUCAGCUCCACUUUGCAGGAUAUCAGAGCAAAGAGAUUGACAGAAGUGGAUUAUCUCAAUGGCUAUAUUGUCAAGAUGGGCCAACAAAAGGGGAUCAAUGUCAAAUCAAAUCAAGCCAUCGUGAAUUUCAUUCACGCUAGAGAAGUCUUGUAUUAA